CCCCGCAUCGGCCGUUAAUCCUCUCUUUUGCUUUCUCUGAAUAAUUUUUUUUCUCACCAUUCAUUGUGAUCUGAGUGUCUUGUACCGUUCAUGGUCGAAUCCGGGACCCGUCGCGUUUUGAUCUGUGUUUGAGAGGAGCCUUUUCGUGUUUCGUGAAUUCUUGAAAUUUUUUCUGAUUGUCACCGUUUUCUUGUUGUUGUUUUUUUGUUAAUCUAUACUAGUAUUUAAAUAAGAGGGAAUAGAUAUGUCUAAUUUGUAUGGAGAUUAUAACCAAAAGAUCGAUUACGUAUUCAAAGUGGUGUUGAUCGGUGAUUCCGCGGUUGGCAAAACUCAGCUGCUUGCUAGGUUUGCUAGGAAUGAGUUUAGCGUCGAUUCUAAAGCCACCAUCGGUGUUGAAUUCCAGACUAAAACGCUCGUCACUGAUAACAAAACCGUCAAAGCUCAGAUUUGGGAUACCGCUGGCCAAGAAAGAUAUCGGGCGGUGACAAGCGCAUACUACCGAGGAGCAGUUGGAGCAAUGUUGGUCUAUGACAUGACAAAACGUCAAUCAUUCGAUCACAUGGCGAAAUGGCUGGAAGAAUUAAGAGGACAUGCGGACAAGAACAUAGUGAUAAUGCUAAUCGGAAACAAAUGCGAUCUCGGGAGCUUAAGAGCAGUGCCAACGGAAGACGCACAAGAGUUUGCACAAAGAGAAAACUUGUUCUUCAUGGAAACCUCAGCUCUGGAAGCUACAAAUGUCGAAACAGCAUUUUUGACAAUCUUGACAGAGAUAUACCGUAUAAUAAGCAAGAAAUCACUAACGGCUGAUGAUGAUGACGCCGAUGGUAAUUCAAGUCUCUUGAAAGGAACUAGAAUCAUCAUCCCUAGUGAGCAGGAGAGUGGGAAAAGAGGUGGAUGUUGCGGCAAAUUGUAA